AGUGGUCUACCAUGCCAAGUGGAUGGUUUGACAGGAGAAGCUUUGGGCGCCAAUCAGCAUCUGGCCAUUUUGAACACCUGCGGAUCUGUGGAGGAUGCAGCAUACCUGCGGGUCAUGACUGCAAGCGAUGGCACCCUCGGUACAUCCUUUACCGGAGCCACUAGCUUGUUGUCGGGCGGCACAUAUCGCUUGUGCUGGUGCUCAGAACGCGUGAGUGGGACUGAGCAAGCGAUGCAUGCGCUGUCCAACCUUUCCAAUUCCUCCCUUGGCAGCUGCUCAAGGUCCAUUGACUUCCGCUCAGAUGCUGGUGCAUUGUUCCUCUUGGGCCCUGCACCCAUCACGCAGCACUUCACCUGUCUUUCAGGUGAACGAUGUUCCCUUGGACUCAAAGGACAUGGCUUUUCAGAGCAAGACAGGCUGCAAGUGAUGGAGACCUGUGGAAGCGCAGCUGUGCCCAAGAGUUCCAGCUUCAUCUCAGUAGUACAGGCUGGUGCCAUGGCAGACUUCAGUACUGAGAUCCAAAUCUCUGCAGCUGGAGGGGAGUACCGACUUUGUUGGUGUCCGGGAUUCAAUAUGAGUGGGUACAACGUGUCCAUCAAUGAAGGGGAUGCCUGUUUCAACGCUGGGACCUUCCAGAUCAUGGGCCCUUCACCAUUGGAGCAGCAUCGGACCUGCGUCAGUGGCCACAGCUGUCGGAUCUCCAUCAGCGGCUAUGGCGAUCUGUCCAGCUCGGGUUCCUUCCUGAUCCAAGACACCUGCGGCAUCGAUCAAGUGGUGCCUCGCUUCAGCCAUGCUGGCCUCAUGGAGUCCAUCGAAGCGUCUCUGGGUGUGUCCACCUUUACAGCCUUUGUGAAUUGGGCCACGGCAACUGCGGCCGGCGGCACAUAUCGCCUUUGUUGGGCUCCAUAUCCUCAUUCUCCAGCGAGUUCAGAGCUGCUUCACCUCAUGAGCAACUCAUCCAACACAUCGGAGUUCGACGCCUCCCUUUUCCAAGGCUUUGUCGAAGGCAAUGCGUCCAACCUCACCAGGUUGGCACUCGCAAGCUGGCUGGUCGAUGUUGGCCAGCUCCAUUUGGUAGGUCCCACACCUCUCUCACAAGACUUCACUUGUGUGGCCGGUGUGCCUUGCAGGCUCCUGAUCACUGGCUUCAACUCAAGCGAUAGCCUCAUGAUCCUUGAAACCUGUGGAGGCAUCCAUCUUCUGGAAGCAGCUGCUUCUAUAUCCCUGCCAUUUUCAGGUUCCUGGGUGGAGCCAAGCUUGCCUUUGGGAAGCUACCGUUUGUGUUGGUGCGCCCACCUCGAGCCUCCAAGUUUCAAUGGCACAUGGAGCUAUUCCAACAGGUCAUCUUGCAUGAGGCAAGAAGAGUUUCAAGUAGACAUCGGCCAGAUCACUAUCCAAGCACCACAGAACUUAACAGCAGGGUGCCAGUUUGUGCAAACCUAUAGCGCAGGUGUUCUGAUGUGGGAAGAGAGUUGUGCAGAAGACCCCUCGAGCAAUGUCACGCAGGUGGUGCUUGCUGGUGGUGCGACAGUGGCUCGCUCUAUCCACUCGCGGACAUGCAUUAGUGGACAAAUCUGCAGUGUUGUGGGUUUGCCGGGUUUGACCACUGACUCUGAGCAGAUGCAGAACUCAUCCAUUCUGAUUUUGGAUACCUGUGCUUUACCCUCACAUGUACAAGGCUGGCCUCAAGCUGGACAGAGCCUCACUCUUCAGUUGCCGAACUCCAACGAAAGUGCUCGAGUCUUCCCAAUCUCCUGGGGCGAGACGCCGGUUCGGGCCAGAGGUGGCAUCUAUCGAUUGUGUUGGUGUGCCACGACGCCUUGCUUCACCUAUGAGGACUUCAGUGAAGACCUUGGAACUUUGACCCUCAUUGGCCCAUCCACAUCCGACUACUCGUCCACCUGUGUGAUCGGUCGUCCAUGUGAGUCGAUGCUUCAAGGUGUCCAUCUCUCACAGAACGACACCGUUUGGGCCCUGGAGACCUGUGGUCUUUUGGGUCUCUCCGGCGCAUUGGUCUUCUCGGUGCAGAGACAAUGGCCGGCGAUGGAGCCGAUCGGCGGUGCCGAGCUGGGUGGCGGUGAGCGAGUCAACACCUUGCUUCUGGAGAACAGCUUGCCAAUGGCAGGUGGAGGUCGUUACAGACUUUGCUGGUGCGGUAGCCAUCAAUGCUCCAGUGUUGAAGAUUUGCAAGUGGACGCUGGUGAACUGGUGUUGCAAGGGCCAUGGUCCUCGAGCCAGGAUCGAACCUGCAUUAGUGGAAGAACCUGCUGGGUGGAAGGUCUUCUAGGUGAAGCAUUGCUGGAUUCAGAUAGCUAUUUAAUCCAAGACACCUGUGGAAGUAGCCAAAUCCUGGAGUCCAUGGCGAAUGCGGGCCAAGAUGUCAGCGUGGUGUCCAGCGGAGCUGUGGUGAAAUGGGGCAGUGUCUCACACACCUUUGCUGGGGGAUCCUACAAGCUUUGUUGGUGUAGUGACCGUGACCGAUUCGCAGUGAACACCUCUGAAUCGGACUGCAGGGGCCGGGCUGAAAUGCAUCUGUGGACCGUGGGAAACCUCUUCUUACGUGGACCCUCACCUCUUCUUCAAGAUCAAACGUGCAUUAGCGACCAGCUCUGCAAAAUUGACAUGACGGGAUUCUUGGACUGGAGUGACGACGCAGUGAUGGUGCUGGACACUUGUGCUCACCCAAGCAUUCAUGGCAAGUUUGCCUCCCUGUCCAUGGGCACAAAUGGUCGUCUCACGAUUGAUGCCCAUGUCCUUGCAGGUGGAACUUAUCGGCUUUGCUGGUGUGGGAAGGAUGGCCCAGCUUGGCCCAAUGCAACGGAAAGUCAUUCCAAUCGCACUGACUGCACGUUGGCCACUGACUUCCAAACGGACUUCGGAGCACUUCACAUGUUAGGGCCUGUGACCACUGGAGCCUUCACGUGUGUGACCGGCCGUGCUUGUCGGAUUUGGCAUUUGUCUGGAUACACAGAGGGCCACUUCUCAAUUCUGGAUACCUGCGGCGAAGCCAUGCGAACUCCGAGUCGCUUCAGUCCGGUGGGGAAUGGGACUAACAUGUCAUCGCCACCAUUUCUAGUGGAGGCAGUGCCCCGUCUCGGUGGGCAAUAUCGACUUUGCUGGUGCGGACGAGCCAGUUGUGAGGAUAUCUCGGCUGCGGGUGGAGGGUCCACCGAUACCGGAGCCGUCUUCGUCUUGGGUCCAUUGUUGGAGCAAGAUCGGACGUGCAUCAGCGGCAGAAGCUGCUUCAUUGAUGGGAUUCUGGGUCUUGGGUUGACUUCGGGCGACAAAGCGUUGAUUCUGGACACAUGUGGUGUCUCACUGUAUGUGCCAGGGCUUCAUGAUGCAGGAAUCGCCACGGGCAUGUCCAAUCGAUCUUCCUUUGCUUGGCCAAGUGUCUCUGCCAAUGGUGGGGAAUAUCGGCUUUGUUGGUGUGCAGAUCGCUCGACGGAGGGUCUAAGUCUUCCCAUUCUUCAGAGUGGAUUGGUUCCUUUGGGUUGUUUGACCCCUGCGGACUUCGAUGUGGACUUCGGAAAGCUUCAUCUCAUUGGACCCCAGGCCUCUCAAGCCUUUACCUGCGUCAGUGGUCAGACAUGUGUCCUCAAAGGAGUGAGCUACGCGGCAGGGUACACGGAGUACACAGAGAUGUCCAGAGAUUCACUGCUUGUGCUUGAUUCCUGUGGCCAUUCACCCAGCACCAAACAGCUUCCACCGAUUCCUGCUUUCGAAGUGGAACCAUUUGCGUUCUCGUGGGGCAAUCUUCCUCUAACGAUGCCUGGAGGAGACUUUAGGCUUUGCUGGUGUUCAUCGCGCUCGUCCGGUGAAUAUGAAUCUAAUGCCACCGGUGAAUAUGAAAGUUUUUGUCAAAGAGCCGACCAGUUUGUGGUGGAUCUGGGGCAUUUGCACAUCGUCGGUCCUGAUUUGAAGCAUGUCCGCACAUGUGUUGUUGGCUGGCCCUGCCACCUGACUGGAUUCCAUGGCCGAGACUUGCAGCUGGGCGACCGAUAUUUGAUUUUGGACACCUGUGGUCUGGCCAGCCACGUUCCUCAAUCCCCGGCCGCAUUCUUACAGAGUGCUUCUGGCACUUGGGGCACCGAAGUCUCUUGGGACACCGCUGUGUCUUCCAGUGGAGGCAUCUAUCGGAUUUGUUGGUGUGCACAAGGAUUCUCUUGCAGCACUUUCGAGGAUUUCCGAGUUGACACUGGUGAGCUACUGUUGGAAGGCGUUUUGCCAGAGCAGACCUUCACUUGCUUCCGGGGAAAGCCAUGUAAAGUCUCACAUGUGCAGGGAGUGCACAUUGAAUCCCAAAAAGCUGAGUUCCUUAUCAUGGACACCUGUAACUCAAAUCUUGGCCUCGGCUCGCUGAGCAGUGCUUGGGCUCUUGCUCGCUCAGUUCCUGGUGUAGAUGCUCUUUGGGAAUUCAGUUUGACCUUGCAAGACUUCCGAGUGGAUGUGGGGACCUUGUAUUUGGUGGGUCCAGCUACAGGACAUGACUAUACUUGCAUCAGUGGCCGGACCUGUUCCAUCGACUCCGUGAUCGGUCUUGGUUUGAACAACAACGAUGCCUAUCUCGUCCAAGACACAUGUGGAGUCGCUGCUGCCGUCUCUGGAUUUAGCUCUGGUGGUCAUGCAAGUUCUAUCACUGCCAGUGGAACAGCAGUGAGUUGGGGAAGCAUCGCAGUCACAGCUGCUGGUGGUCAAUAUCGACUUUGCUGGUGUACAGAGGUUACAACACCCGGAAACACUUCAGCCCACUUCGGUUACUCCAGCUGUGUGUCCCCCACGAGCUUUCUCGCAGACGUUGGAGUUCUGCAAGUGAUCGGUGUGGAUGUUCAACAGACUCGGACCUGUGUCACUGGCCGAAGCUGUCUCAUUGAUGGCAUCACAGGUUUUGGCUUGACGAAUGGAGACAUGCUGCUGAUUUUGGACACCUGCACCGACCACUCAUUGAACGAGACGUUCGUCAGUCACACUGGUCUUCGAUCAUGGCAGGACGGGCUGGGCACACAGGCACUGGCAGCUUCCAUGGGCUAUGCAUGGUACUGGGAUGCGAAUCAAGUUCCUAUUUGGGGCGGUGAGUACCGCCUUUGUUGGUGUUCACGUUUGACAGCAAAUGGCACUAUGGACAUCGACAGCAACAACUCUUGCAGUGUUUCGACGGACUUCGCGGUUGAUGUUGGAGAGCUUCUGGUGCUGGGUCCCACACCUUUGCAAAGCUUCACUUGCAUCAGUGGACGAGAAUGCAAAAUUGCCAGCAGAAUAUACGGGGACAGCGAUUCUUUUAUGAUCCUGGACACCUGUGGUGCGGGAGGGCAGCUAGCAGUUGAUAGCAGGCUGGGAGUGUCGGGAGAUUCUGCCAGACUCAGAUUGCCCGGUGGCAACUACAGGCUGUGUUGGUGUCCAACUAGCUUCAGCGACUUUACCAACCAGACAGGAAACAUCUCGAAGUUUCGCUGCGAAAGCUUCUUGGACUUCUUCGAUGUGGGUCACCUGGAAAUGAUUGGUGUGGCUGGUACACAGGAUCGCACGUGCAUGAGUGGACAGGCUUGUGAGGUGGAUUUGCUUGGCUUGCACCUCUCAGAGUGGGAUCUUUGGCAGGUCUUUGACACCUGCGGAGUGUCCGGAACACCGGGCUUUCCACCAGCUCCUUCCGUCCAUCUCUCAGCUCACCAAGACGGCGGCCUUUGGAGCACCGCACGCGUUUCAUGGAACUCCAUCACAUCCCCUGGAGGAGUCUACCGUUUGUGCUGGUGUUCAAGAGGUAAUUGGACGGACUCCGCUUCCACUUGUCGAGAUUCGUUCGUGGAUGUUGGACAGUUGGACGUCCUUGGCCCUGGCAUUCGAUGGACUUUGGUUCAACGAGGGCAUUGUGGCAGCAGACCAGACUAUCCUGAACCCAUCGUGCUUGAAACCAACUGGACCAGCCAGGAGUCUUGCCAUGCGCGCUGCGAGCAACUGCGAAAUGAGUGCUUGGUGGGCUGGUAUGCAGAUCGUGGCCCGAGUCAAGGGGAAUGCCAAAUCAUGGAAACUUGUGCUUUGAUCGCUAGCGAUUCAGAGGACACUCUACUUCUCUUUCCCCCUCAACCGGCAUUUCAGACACGAACAUGCGUCAGCGGGCAGGUUUGUACGAUUGGCAACCUGCUGGGAAAUGGCCUCACGGAAGAUGACUCAUACAUGAUCUUAGACACAUGUGGUCUUCAGAAUGCUUUGGUGGAUAGGAUGGACCGGGCAGGCAGGAUGGUCUUCACAUCUUCCAACUUCUUCAACUCCUCGGGCAUUGGACAUUGGGAAGCUCGAAGCAGUGCGGCUGGUGGAGAGUACCGCAUUUGUUGGUGUGCCGGUGCUCAGGGCUGCAGCUUCUCCGAAUCAUUUCGAACAGAUGCAGGAAGCUUAGUGCUACUGGGGCCAAGCCCCCUUUCACAACAUCGAACAUGUGUCAGUGGUCGGAGCUGCAUGGUGGAUGGAGUUCUGGGUGAAGGUUUGGGAGCUGGUGACAGGAUUUGGAUUUUGGACACGUGUGGUGCCACGGGCGACUUCUCCGACGCUGCUGGGCUCGCGCCGGCCGCGGCGGGUGGGACCUCCUUCUCCUGGACACUCCUGGACCUGCCUGGUGGUCAAUAUCGGCUUUGCUGGUGCGGAACAUCGGGAGUCUGCCAGAUGGGCGAAGAAUUUGUGGUUGACCUGGGUGAAUUGACGUUGCUGGGCCCAUCCUUUGGUCUUGGUCUGGAGGGCACGAGGCGGACCUGCAUCAGCGGGCAAGCAUGUCGGAUCGAUGGACUUCGGCUCGAGGUCGGAAGCGUUGGUUCGGUUCUGCUCUUGGACUCCUGUGGCACACCUCAAGCGUUUCCCCAACAUGUCCAAGAUGCCGCGGAAGUCACGGACCUCACGCGGGAUGCCCGAUGGGCUAGGUUGACCCUACAGGGUGGCACCUAUCAGUUAUGCUGGUGCUCAGGGGAAACGUUCAACAGCAACUUCUCGCAAGGUGCCUUGGUGGCACCAAACGGGAAUGCUUCACUGGUUGGAUCCUGUUCGAAUAGCCUGGCCUUUACAGCUCCUUUCGGGUCUUUGUCGCUCCUUGGACCUGAGUAUUCCAAGCAGGGCUUCACCUGUGUCUUUGGACAAAGCUGUGCAGUCUUUGGCAUCAGUGGUACAGGAUUGAAGCUGGAGGAUCGCUUCUUGAUCCUGGACACCUGCGGAUUGACCGGCUUUGUUUUGGGAGCUUCUGCGACUUUGCACUCCCUCCCCGAAUACAACGUGACCCUGAUGAACCAAAGCGAUGAAGCAGGAGCAGGGCCACUGGGAGUGGCUUGGAGGGAUCCGAUGAUGGUUCCAAGUGCUGGAAUCUAUGAGCUUUGUUGGUGUUCAGGACAUUCCUCCUGUUCCUUGCCGGAAGACUUUCAGGUCUCAGCUGGCACCGUGACGCUUCGUGGUCCACGGAGCCCUCAGGAUCGGACGUGCGUCUCGGGGCAGAGGUGUUCCGUUGGAAUCGCCGGGAUCGGCUUUCAGUCCGAUGAGAGGUUCUUGAUUCUGGACACCUGUGGAAGCUCAUUCCUUCCAUGGGGAGUGUCUUCAGCGCUCAAAAUGGAGAAUGCCAGCGGGAAUCUCACUGACAUUGGGGAGUCUAUCACAGUCUCGUCAGCUCCGGAGCCCCUUUCAGCAGCCGGUGGAGUCUACCGCUUGUGUUGGUGUGCAGCAGGAUUUGAUUGUGAGAGUAGCCUAAGCUUUCGAGCGGAUGUUGGUGCACUCUACCUCUUGGGUCCAAGGACGCAUUCCGGAGGUUGGCUACGAGGCUUUUGUCACGGGCAGAAAGAGCAUAGUCAUCAAACGAUCAGCAAAGCGCAGUGUUUCAACCUCGGAAGACAAUCCUACGGCGAUCCUUCCGUGGUGGCUCUUCGCUUCGAUGACAGCACCAGUAGCUGUAGAUUCUUGAGCUAUUGCUGGAACUUCGUUUCGAGUGAUGCCUCCACUUACGAGAUCUUCUUCCUCCAGAGCAUCUCUCAAGAUCGAACCUGUGUAUCAGGUCAGACUUGCAGCGUCGACAUCGAGGGCUUGGGCUUGACCGCUGCAGAUUCCUUCUUGGUCCUCGACUCCUGUGGCCAGUCCUGGCUCAACGGAAUGCCUCGCAGCUCGGUGCUGGCUCUCGGUCUGGGCGCCACGGGUAGCCCAUCAAUCGACACCUCGAGCAAAGGCAACACUUUGCAAGUGAGCUGGGGCACCGCCAUUUCCGCGGUCGGCGGCAGGUACAGGCUAUGCUGGUGCGGGGGCAAUUCUGAUUGCAUCUCACCCUCUGACCAUUUGGUCGACAUUGGCUCCUUUCUUCUCAUUGGGCCGGAGAUGUCUGUUGACCGAACGUGCGUGGCUGGACAAACUUGUUUGGUGAAGAGUUUGCAAUUGGAAUCGCCAUCAGACAGUGACCACAUCAUCGUUCUAAACACAUGUGGCAGCUCAGAUCUCGUUGAAGGGUGGCCUCUAGAAGCAGCAAUGACGACUGCAAGUGGUACAGUUGCCCAGUGGGACGUUGUGCAAGCUGAAGGUGGGCAGUAUCGCUUGUGUUGGUGCCGUGGUACAUGCAACUCUGUGGAAAGCUUUAUUGCAGACUUGGGACGAGUGUCUUUGCUUGGUCCAGCACCUCUACAGUAUGCUGCCACAUGUAUCAGUGGAAGGCCUUGCACGUUUCGCGGCGUUGUUGGUGAGGGUCUCAGAGUCAAUGACUCCAUUCAGCUUCUGAGCACUUGUGGCACCACGUCAGUCCCCAACGGUGUACCCUUAGCAGGUCAAACGGUGAGCGUGGAGACUGGCACAGUGAGUUGGGGAAGUCUUCCAAUUUCAGGCCCCGGAGGACGUUACAAGCUUUGUUGGUGCUCGGCCGAUUUCCCAUGUGCUCGCCCGGAGGAUUUUCGCCUUGAGAUGGGUUCUUUGGAUUUGCUGGGGCCAUGGCCUUUGGAUCAAGAUCGCACCUGCAUCAGCGGUUCAACAUGUUUCAGCCCAGAGUUGACGGGGUACCACAUCGGCGAUUCCUUAAUUGCUCUUCUGUCCAGUUGUGGAAAUGAGUUUGCUCAAAGCGUGGUGGAAUCCAUCAGCACCGCCCAGUGGAAUCGAUCAGUCAUGACGGCACCUGGCGGGCAAUACCGUGUAUGUUGGUGCAUGCCAGAGGUCAAUAUCGAUCCAAGUUUCUAUAACUUCAGCAAUGCGACGGAUUGCAGUCGUUGGUCGCACUUCCACACGGAUGUGGGAAGCCUCAACAUCCUAGGCCCAGCACCCUGGGAUCAGCGACUGACUUGUGUGAGUGGACAAAGCUGCCGCCUUCAAGUCCAAGGUGAGGGUUCUUUGUUAACAGCACCUGUGGUCUUUGAAGCCAACUUCACACGAGGAUCCGCUUCAGACGGAUCCGCUCAAGUUCUGUUCCUCGACACCUGUGGUGUGCCCAUUGGAAACACCAAUGUCUCGGAGGUCGAGGUCGAGACCUCGAUCACGGCUCCAGGCGGGACAUACAGGCUUUGCUGGUGUGCUGCUGUGGUCCUCGACGUGAAUUCCAGCGAAGGGUGUUUGGAUGCUCGUGAAUUCCGAACCGAUUUCGGAGAAGUCUACGUCAUAGUGCCAGCGGAGAACAUGAGCUCUGAAGUUGAUCUCACAACAGUUUGGCCUUUGAAUGUGACGGGCGUCGCCAAUCUCAGCAUCUCCAUCACCACACAGGAUCGAACCUGCGUAGCGGGACGAGCGUGCCUGAUUGAAGACAUCUACGUGAACGGCUCGUUGCAUGUGCUGGACACCUGUGGAUCCGGCUGGACCGGCUCGGGAAACGGCUCGGUGUCCGAACGGCAGUGGCUUGGCAGCUUCACGCGAAGCAACGCGUCCGAGCACUGGAUGCCCAAUCGCUUGGUGCUGGAGGCGGGCGAAGCACUCGAAGCGGGGGAAUACCGUUUGUGUUGGUGUGCUGAUGGCAUUUGUGAACAUCCAGAUGAAAUGCAACUGGAUGUUGGCACGUUUUCGGUCAUUGGUGCCAAUUCGGAGCAGGACCGGACCUGUGUAAGUGGACAGGCAUGUUCCUUUGAGAUUUCUGGACACUAUUUGCAUGCUACUGAUGAAGUCCUGAUCACUGCCACCUGUGGAGUACCAUCAAUUCUACCUCCUCUUCUUGUGACUCUGGUUGGAGAAUCUCUGUCAGUCUCAACUGCAGAGCCUAUAGCAUCAGGAGGUCAAUUCCGACUUUGCUGGUGCAGUGGUCAGUUCUGCAUCGAGGACGUCGGAGUGGAUGUUGGCAGCUUGAGUAUGAUUGGACCGAGCCAAAAGCAGACUGGAACCUGCGUGAGUGGCCAGCUCUGCGUCUUGGAGCAGAUCAAAGGCAAUCAUUUGUCUCCCGGCGAUAGCUUGGUGGUUCUCGACACCUGUGGAGUUGAACGAUCUGUGCCACGCUUUCCCAAUGCUGGUCGCAUGGAUGUGAUCUUGCAGUGUCAAUGUGCUGCCAGCAACGGUGAUUCCGACCUGGAUGGUGUGAAAGACUGCUUGGAUGCCUGCCCCUUCGAUCCCAAUAGCACCACCGCUGGAGCUUGUGGCUGUGGUGUGGACGACGUGGAUUCGGAUUUCGAUGGCAUCCCCGACUGCUUAGACCAAUGUCCUUCAGAUCCCAGUAAGUCCGGAACUGCAGGAGUUUGUGGAUGCAAUGUGGCUGAAGUGGAUGCGGACCUUGAUGGAAUUCCAGGCUGCCUGGACCUCUGUCCCAGCGACCCCAACAAGUACCGUCCCGGAAUCUGCCCUGGACCUGAAUGGCUGGUGAUGAGCAACAAAGUCACACAUCAGUCUUCCACGCAGUCCUUGCGAAGCUCCCACUUGGCUGUGGAUGCCUCCAUAAGUGCGAACUUCUACCAAGGCAGUUGUACCUGGACGAAUACGGAGAGCUCACCCUGGUGGUACGUCGAUUUGGGCUUCACCUUCCAAGUCUCCACGGUGCGUGUGACGCCGCGGAGCGAUUGCUGCGACAGCAGCCUGGUGGGAUUGGAACUUUGGACCAGUUCCAUCAGUGCCACAAGCUUCACGGAUGGCACGCGCUGUGGGGUCGUCACGCUUCAGCCAGCGUUGCCCGCCGUGGGGGAAGAAGCCCCGGUCAUCGACAUGUCUUGCCAAGGUGAAGGACAGCACAGUGAGUACUUGGGCACCUGCGGAUGUGGUGAGCUGGACGAUGAUUCGGACGGUGACGGUACACCCGAUUGCAUUGAUCAAUGUCCACUGGAUCCCUUGAAGACUCGCGUGGGCAUUUGUGGUUGUGGACAGUCGGAGUUGGACACCGAUUCCGAUGGCACCCCCGAUUGCAACGACAACUGUCCUUGGAUGACCGACUCCCUUGGACCCGGGUCCAUCCCCUGUGGCUUCAUCGCCGGGCUCAACUCGGAUGAUGAUGGCACGUUGGACUAUGAAGAUUUUUGCCCAUACGACCCAUCAAGAACGAGUCCAGGACAAUGUGGUUGUCAGGUGGUGGAUUCUGAUGGUACCCCGAGUGCAACGAUGACCAUCAAUACAGGCUUCACUGAAAUCGAUUCCGAUUUGGAUGGGGUCGCCGACUGCCUGGACCAGUGUCCCAGCGAUGCGACCAAGACCUUACUGGGCUCCUGCGGAUGUGGGCUCUCAGACGUGGAUACAGACCUGGAUGGAGUCCCCGAUUGCAUCGAUCAAUGUCCCAAUGACUUCAACAAGGUCUUCGUGGGCGCCUGUGGAUGUGGCGUCGUGGACACGGACUCGGAUGGUGAUGGCAUGCCAGAUUGCUUGGACAUGUGCCCACAUUCUCCCAUUACACAGCUGGGUCCUUGUGGUUGUGAUGUCACGGACACGGAUGGCGAUGGUGUUUUGGACUGCGUGGAUCAAUGCCCCAGUGACGCCAGCAAGAGUCUAGCAGGUCUGUGUGGAUGUAAUGUGCCAGACACUGAUAGUGAUGGUGAUGGCAUUCCGGACUGCUAUGACGCAUGCCCUGGUCAGUCGGAUAUCGCCAAUGAAGGCCUGGCCGUACAGUUUAGUGUCCCAGUCACUGCUGCAGGAGGAGAAUUUCGUUUAUGUUGGUGCGCAGCAGGAUUCAGCUGUGACCGAGUGCAGGGCUUUGUGGACUUUGGAUCUUUGGAGAUCGAUGGACCCACCUUGGAGCAAGAUCGCACCUGUGUAGCUGGCCAAACCUGCCGAGUGGACGAGCUUCUGGGCACCGGUUUGCACGUGAGUGAUCAUGUGACGGUGCUCAAUACGUGUGGCACGCACGCAUUUGUGGAAGGUUUGCCAGAAGGUGGCUCGCUCUCAUCGAGCUUCAAUGACACCUUUGCGUUGGGAUUUGGCCCAGCCAAAAUCACAGCUGGAGGUGGUGAAUACAGACUCUGUUGGUGUGGUUUCAAUCAGGAUUGCAGCCAACCUUCUCAAUUUCGUAUGGAUGUCGGACGCUUUUGGCUUGUUGGCCCAUCCUUACAGCAGAGCUGGACUUGCAUCAAUGGUCAGGCGUGCCAGCUGGAUACGAUUGGACAAAGCUUGGCAGAGUAUGACAUGGUGGCUGUGAUGGAUACUUGCAUGAAUGAUUUGUCAGCCCAACCAUUUCCUUGGACAGUGCUCUCCAUGGCAGGCUCAAGUGGAGCAUCCUAUGAGUUUCAGAAUCCCAUGAGAGCAGGCCAGUACCGGAUUUGUUGGUGUGCAACGGGAAUGAGUUGCAGCAGCUUUGAAGACUUUGCCUUGGACAUUGGAUCCUUAAGCUUGCUUGGUCCAACACCUUUGCAGCAACAUCGCACCUGUGUUGCAGGACAGCCAUGUCAUUUUGAGGGCUUCUCUUCCUACGGUGAGCUUGGACUGGGUAUUCUGCGGAUCUUAGACACAUGUGGAAGCGGAAGUACAGGAGGCACACUGGCACGCUUGCCCAACACUGGAGUCUUUACGGCCAAAGAACCCCGAACUGCAGCAGGAUGUGGUGCAGCUGCGCAAGAUGCGGAUUUGGAUGGUAUUGCCAACUACUUGGAUGAAUGCCCUUUUGACGUGAAUCACAAUCUCACUGGUCUUUGUGGAUGUGGCAUCGAUGAGAUCGAUUCAGAUGGUGACGGCACACCCGACUGCUUGGACGCUUGCCCAUCCGAUGCGUCCAAGGACGUAUCUCCAGGUCACUGUGGCUGUGGCACCAGUGAUGUCGAUACAGAUUUGGAUGGUUCACCGGAUUGCAUCGAUCUGUGCCCCAACGAUGCAUCCAAGACGACACCUGGUUUGUGUGGUUGUGGUACUUCGGACAGUGCCGACAGUGAUUCAGAUGGAACCCCCGACUGCUAUGACCAAUGUCCCAGCUUUCCAGAUCAAACACCACCGGUGUGCGGUUGCACCGCCGCAACAGCGGACGAUGAUGGUGAUGGAGUCUCGAAUUGCUUUGAUGCGUGUCCCAACGACUUCAACAAAGUGGCGGCAGGUGUUUGUGGAUGUGGAGUAGCUGAAACAGACACUGACCUGGAUGGGCAGAUGGAUUGUGUGGACGCAUGUCCUUUGGAUGCAGCAAAGACAUCACCAGGACAGUGUGGAUGUGGAGUGGCAGACACUGACACAGACUCUGACUCCGUUGCAGAUUGCAUGGAUCAGUGUCCCAGUGAUGCCAGCAAAACUCUUCCGGGCUUUUGUGGCUGCGGCGUGUCGGACACGGAUGCAGACAAUGAUGGGGUUCCCGACUGCCAUGACCAGUGCCCGGGAGUCUUUGACCGGCGAACACAAGAGGAGGCGUCCUUUUAUACGCUUGGUGACAUUGCAGUCUCUGCAGCUGGAGGCUUGUAUCGCUUGUGCUGGUGUGCGACGGAAGAACAUUGUCAGAGCGAGCAGGAAUUCACAACAGAUGUUGGAACACUUGAAAUCAUCGGUCCAAGCGAUUUGCAUCAGGAUCGGACUUGUCUCAGUGGCAAAGUUUGUCGUGUCGCUGCCUUCGAAGGUUUGCACUUGGAUUCAAGGGAUCAACUCCUUGUGCUGGACUCCUGCAUGACAACACUGGAGGCAGACAGCGGAGACAACGCAUCCAUGCCCGUGGCACACUUUGUGAGUCAAUUUGAGAGAUACAAUGGGACAGAGGUGUCCACGUUUGCAUCCCACGGCGUUUUGGAAGUGGUUGGGGGUACCUACACGCUUUGCUGGUGCUCUGGUGCAUUUGAUUGCUCCACCUCAUCCCAGUUUCACGUUGAUGUGGGCAGCUUUACAGUGGUGGGGCCAAUCUCCCAAGAACAGCACUUCACAUGUGUGGCCGGACAGGCGUGUUUGCUCAGCGAGAUCCAUGGACACUGGUUUUCAGAGGGUGACAGUGUGUUAUACAAAGAGAUUGAUCACUUCGAUACAACUCAGUGGCAGCCAUUGCCACAGAAGGACUUUGCAGCCUUUGCAUCUUCAGAUGUCGCCAGACCUAGCGGUGGCAGCUACAGGCUUUGCUGGUGCUCAGGGCUUUGCAGGGAGUUUUCGCAUUUUGCCGUUGACAUGGGGGAGUUGCAAAUGAUUGGGCCAACACAGGCUGGAAGGCAGCAUCGUACAUGCAUUUCUGGACAACCGUGCUCCUUCUCCGUUGAAGGUUGGCGCUUGAACGCAGCUGAUGCCUUCGUCAUUUUGCACACCUGUGGGGAAGCUUCCACCCUUGCAAGAAGCCCCGCCUCUGGUCAUUUGACCACAGAUAGUGUUUUUCACCCAGAUGCGGCUGUGGCAAUCACAUUUGCACGGACCUCCUUCAAUGCAGAGUUGCUCACCUCAGCAGGUGGCAUCUAUCGCCUUUGCUGGUGUUCUGCGGUGUCCACUUGUCAAGAUGCCACUCAGUACCUUAUGGAUGUUGGACAGGUGCAAAUCAUCGGUCCACAGCCAUUGGAGCAAGACCGAACCUGUGUUGCGGGGCAGACGUGCUUGCUUGGUGCCCUGUCCGGCGUCACGCUCUCGACCGCAGAUCGCUAUUACAUCCUUGACACCUGUGGCAUCGCCACGGGCCCCACGGGCUUUCCUGGAGCAGGAAUCAGCGAUGUGAAUGUCUCCACGAGUGAAAGCACGGUCUCUUGGAACGUCCGGGUAUCAGCUGCAGGAGGUCUCUACCGAAUCUGUUGGUGUGCAGCUGGACAAAGCUGUAGUGGUGCUGAGGACUUCCAAGUGGACAUGGGAAGAUUAGACUUAGUCGGACCGCACCAGCUUGGCACGUCCACAUGCUUUUCAGGUCAAACUUGUGUGAUCCCAGUGUCGGGUACAUAUUUGAGCAGCCAAGACACAGCAGUUCUCUUAGACACCUGCGGAAUCUCAUCAUGGACACCGGGCUUGAAUAGCUUCCCAAGCGAAGGAACACCCGUCCUUUCAUCGCAGACCGGCGCGCUUGGCACCAGUCGUUUGCAGCUUGGCAGUAGUGGCGCUUUGGCCGCCAUUGUCACAGCAGGAGGCUUUGAGUGCUUCUUGCCUUCAGAUUUCAUGGACAUCGGCCAGCUGACCCUCAUUGGUCCAAGUUUGGAGCAAGAUCGAACCUGCAUGACGGGUCAGACCUGCAGCGUGGAUGGCAUCUCCGGGACCUUCAUCAGUGCUGCCGGGGCCGUGAUGAUUUUGGAUACCUGUGGCGUUGGGGAGGACACAGGAGUUUUGCCUUGGCGCUUUCCACUGGAGCAGCCAAAUUUGGUCUUUGAAACAUCAUUGGCUUCUUUGAAGAUUGAGUGGAACACUUCGAUUACUGCACAUGGUGGAGAAUAUCGGAUGUGCUGGUGUUCAGCUCUCGACUGUUGGUCUUCACAGAGCUUUUUGGUGGACUUCGGGCGCUUCAGCAUCGUGGGUCCUUGGGCUCCCUUCCCCGUGGAACGGACCUGCGUGUCGGGGCAACGAUGCGAGAUCGAUGGCUUUUCCGGUGAACUUCAACCACAGAAGCUCGUACAGCCGGUCUUGUUGGUGCUUGAGACCUGCGGUACCACUGCAUUGAUCUCAGCGCUCCCCUCGGAUGGUACUUUGACGAUCUCGGCAUCCGGGGCAUCUGCCUCGUUUGGCCAAACAAGGCUUUCCAGUGCGGGUGGGGAAUAUCGGCUUUGUUGGUGUGAUGAUGCGACGUGUGUUGAGCAGGAGGAGGAGGCGCGACUGGCUCAGAUCGAUCUGGGCAAGCUCCACAUCCUGGGGCCCAAGAAGGGCUUUGCUUUCACUUGUGUGGCUGGACAAGAAUGUGCGAUUGACGGGCUACAAGGCACGGGUUUGAGUGUUGGAGACCGUUGGCUUCUCUUGGAGACCUGCGCUGCGACCGUUCCGGUCUUGGGAAUGCCCAAUGCUGGACAAGUGGUGUCGGUCGCCAACAGUGGUGCCAGCAUUGACUUCGGAUCAGAAGUAGCCCGUGGAGCCGGGACUUACAGGCUGUGCUGGUGUGCGGCUGGCUUCGUAUGUAGUACAAGUGAACAUUACAAUGUGGACGUGGGGGAGUUGCUGCUCAUCGGCCCUUCCCUGGACCAAACACGAACCUGCAUCAGUGGCCAGCCCUGUAGCUUUUCCACACCUUUGGGUCAGAUGCUAUCUCCCAGCGACUCGUAUAUGAUUCUUGAGACUUGCGGUCAAGGAGGAGGUCUAGUAACUGGAUUGCCAGAUGCAGGUUUGCUCACUGUGAUUCCCAUGACCAAUGAAUCCUGUCAGGGAGGAGACUGUGAGUUGACUUUUGGUACAACCAUCGUCACGGCUCAUGGUGGACAAUACAAACUUUGCUGGUGUUCAGGCAGUUCCCCACCCUGCAUCCGUGAAGAACACUUCCUUGUGACGAUCGGGAAUCUGGAACUCCUUGGACCUCACUUGAUCAGAUCGGGUCGAACGUGCAUUGCGGGGCACAGCUGCGUCGUGGAGGACAUCCAUGGCCACGGUCUCAGCGAACACGUCGGGUUCUUCGACACCUUGGCCAUCCUGGACACCUGUGGCGUGCGAAGGUCUGGCAUCUUGGUGGAGGCAUCUACGGCGCAGAGUUCCGGGGCCUCGUUCACCUUCAGCCUCCUCACGGCAGCAGGCGGCAUGUAUCAACUCUGUUGGUCUUCCGCUCUCACAAACGCUGCUGCGGAGCUCUCAUACCACGCGGUGACGGUGGGCAGCUUGACCUUGAUCGGGCCAACGAGUUCUCAGGCUCGAACCUGUCUCAGUGGACAGUCCUGCGUCAUCGAAGACCUCGUCGGUGUCCAUUUGGACGACGACGAUCGCUUCAUGGCCUUGGAGACCUGUGGUGUGACGACUUCAGCGAUUCCAGGCUUCAACGAGAACAUCAGUGUCACCAGCAGCGGCUCUUCAAUCACUUGGGCUUCUCCAGUCCUAGCAUCCGGCGGUCGCUAUCAACUCUGCUGGUGCAGAGCCAUCGUGAAUUCCAGUGAAGCGAGCUCAAGCCGUUGUGAUUUACCCAGCGAUUUCCGAGUGGCCGUUGGUGAGCUUCUCUUGGUGGGACCCUCACAGAUUGCAGUGGGAGCCUUUACGGAGUCGAUUUCUCAAGAUUGGGGAACACUCUACUUGGAACAACGUGGCAGACUACGUCCAGAGAUUGGAGCUUUCCAACAUCACCAAUGCGUCGCUGGACAGCCAUGUGAGAUUGAAAACCUCCAAGGUCUCCACAUUAGCACAGCAGAUUCCUAUAUGAUCUUGGAGACCUGUGGCUUUGGAGUGGUUGAUCGCUUCCCACUUGCUGGGCAGCCAGAGAUCCUGGUUCGUGAAGCAGAUUUGGAAGCUUGGAACCUGCCACAGUCUUUGCAAUGGCAGGAGCUUCAGGUGGUUUCCUUGAGCUUCACCACUCCAAUCACAGCGGCAUCGGGACAAUAUCGGAUUUGUUGGUGUGCAGCUGCAGCUGCCUGUGUCUCCGCUUCAGAUUUGCGUGUGGAUGUGGGUGAAUUGCGUCUCUUCGGCCCGAAGCUGGAGCAAUCCGUGACCUGCGUCACAGCACAAGACUGUCACAUUCAAGGCCUUCUGGGUGAAGGUCUACAGAUUGAUGAUCAGAUCAUGAUUUUGGAUACCUGUGGGGUGAGCAAUCUUGGGGAUCUCAACUUUUCAGGUGACCAUGGCUGGCCACAGAAGGGCCUCGCCAGUGCCCAGUCCUUCCAUGGAGUCAUCAAAGAUGGACUGGGGAACACGCUCGGCGUGCCAAGCACGGAUCCUAGAUAUUCCAAUAGCCUCUUCAACAACUUUGACUUUGGCAUGCUGGUCACUGCUGCUGGUGGCACUUAUCGGAUAUGCUGGUGUGCCGGAGGCUUCAACUGCACUGAAGUGGAAGACUUUCGCCAGGAUUUAGGAUCAUUGCAACUUCAUGGUCCCUCUCCAUUGCAGCAGGAUCGCACCUGUAUGAGUGGCCAAAGCUGUCGUUUGACCUCAAUCUUCGGACACUCCUUGUCGGCGGACGACCUCCUAAUGGUGCGAGAGACCUGCGGCAUCGUUCCUUCCGGUUUGAGUGAUCUGAUUCCUCGCUUUCCCAACGAUGGCAUUGUCACCACAGUGAUGCCAAAUGGUGAAACCUUCACGUGGAUGGAGGAGAACAGCACCUACAGCUACCUCUUCAUCACAGCGCCCAGUGGAAGUUACCGACUUUGUUGGUGUCGACCUACACACACUACACGCCAGUACGUGAGUUGUUCUGCAGCGGAGGAGUUUGCAACAGAUCUUGGGGAGCUCCUGCUGUUAGGUCCAUCUCCGGUAGAUCAAGACCGCACCUGUAUCGGAGGAAUGCCUUGUGAGGUCGCAAACAUCACAGGUCUUGAGUUGCAAUAUGGAGAUACGCUUCACAUUUUGAGCACCUGUGGCAUCUUGGGCAGCGAGGUGCCUGGCAUUCCUCAGGAUGGUUUAUCUAUGCCUGGUCUUGGAUCUGGAACAUUCUUUACCUGGGGUGAAGAACCACUUACAGCUUCUGGUGGACAGUUCCGGCUGUGCUGGUGCGCUGCUGGAUAUCGCUGUGAACUCAUCGAACACUUUGGAGUUGACAUCGGCGAACUGCGUCUCAUUGGUCCCUUGGGAAAUCAAGAGGUCUACUGUGCGUCGGGCUUCCCCUGCUGGGGUUCCAUCGUGGGAAUCCAUAUGAGCAGCGAGGAUCACCUCAUGGUGGCUGACGAAUGUGGUGCCCCAGUACAAGCUUGGCCAUUUCCGCGAAGUCGAUAUCCCGAAAUUCCCGGUUUCCCCGAGAGAGGACAGUUGCAAUUGGAAGACUAUGUUGGAGAAAAUGUCCAAUUCUCCUGGGGAUCUCUUGAGCCCAUCACCGCCGCAGGUGGCGUCUACCGUUUGUGCUGGUGUGCUGGAGUCAGCGGAUGCAGUUCGUCGGAAGACUUCAAGACAGAGGCUGGAACGUUGCUCCUCGCGGGGCCCUCCGAGUACCUGGCCGAUCUCUUCGCGCCACUCGCAGGCCCCUUGGAGCCGAAGGAUCUCUGGCGCAAGGAUCUCCCGGAGCCCUCCGUGGUGGAGAUCAAGGAGUUCAGCCAUUCCACUCGACCGGUUUUGGCCAUACAUUGCUUAAGCAGCACCGAGCUGGGAGCAGCUCGAGGUUCCAUGCCCAUCCUCUACGUGGAGGCUCCCAGUUCCGGGCUCUGGGAGGCGCGCGUGGCGGUGGCGUUGACCAGCUCGGAGAUCUCCGCGGGCUUCACCUUGGUGGACCGCGACGGCAUGAUGCCCGAUUUGCUCUUUGGCUUGGACACCUUCUCCUCGCGCGGCUGGACCGGCGGAUCCGGUGGUCUGGUGGCACUGCGCUACGCCGCACAGGUGGGGCUCACUGGACCUGAGGCAUCGGAGGAUCUCACGGCGCUGGGCGGUGCCGACUGGGUGACGCUGAAGCUGGUGAGAACGGGCACUGGACGCUAUGAUCUGUUCUACAUGCUGUCGAACUCAUGGCUUGCUCCUGAUGAUGUCAGGAACUCGGAUGCCGGUGUGAGACCACGGGUCUAUGUGAAAACCGUCGGAGUUCCCAGCGAACAGCUCUUCACAGAGACUGAGUGGAGGCCAUUAGCUCGACAGCUCACCACGGCAGCCAAUGGCAGAAGGAUUGGACUUUACACCAUGACGGGCAAUAGUGGCACCGCCAAAUUCAAAGAUUUCCUCGUCCGAGACCUCUUCCCGCAGAGUGUUGCAUCCUUCCACUUGGACGACGUGUCUGUGCGCGAGUCCCUCGAUUCUGCUGGAACACCUGUGACGGGUUCCGUUUCAGCUGUGGUGGGACGAGACGGCUACAGUCAAGGAGCAUUGCUUUUCACGGAUGGCACACAGCUCAAUCUGCCGAUUGAUCCCCUUGAACUUGACACAUAUACCAAUGAUUCCUUGCACGAAUUCACCAUCUCCUUGUGGGUGAAGCCUUAUUCCUCCAGUGCGGGAGGUCUCUUGGGACGUCGACUCGCACAGCACCUGCCAGAGCUCCACAUCUCCCCAUCCAUUUUCAUGAGCAGCUCUGGGCUGGAGUGGUCCAUGCUAGAUGAAACUGGGCAGAACUACACACAGAGCUUUGAGACGCCACACACGAGGCCCUAUGCAAGCACAUCACUCAGCUCUGUCUCACUAGCUCCAGUCCUGGAAGUGAAUGAAUGGACUCAUCUCGCUUUCGUGAAGGAAGCAGAUACCGUGGUCUUUUAUCGGAACGGACAGCGGUGGGGCUUUGCUGCUUUGGCACCUGAUUUGCCUUUUAGUGAUUCCAGUGGAGUUUUCUUACUGAACUAUCUUCAGGAGAUGCCAUACCAUGGAGCUUUGGACGACGUCCGUUUCUUCGACAUUGGUUUGGCAGACUUCGCCGUUGAACACCUCUUUAGCAAUGCCAAUGUCGACACCUUGCGCGGCAAGACGCAGCGUUGCAUCGCCGGCACCUUGUGCAGCCUCGUGGGGGUGACCGGUCCCCAACUCGCCGAUCAAAACCACUACGCCGUUCUGGCUCAGUGUGGUCGCCUUCCCGCCCUCGACGGCUUGGCGGAUGGCGCUAUCUCGGAUGCGUCCGGUGCCGGAACGGUGCACUGGGGAAGCCUUUCUGGAACGAUGCUCACCGCGCCGGGAGGGAAGUAUCAAAUCUGUUGGUGCGCCGUGGGCGGCACCGGCUGCACGGCUCCCAGCGAGUUCCGAGUUCUGGUAGGAACCUUGGUGGUGGUGGGUCCAUACACACAGGAACGAACGUGCGUUCUGGGGCAAGUGGCAUCCUUUGAGAUCUUGGGAAUGGAACUGGAUGCUGGAGACCAGGUACAAAUUUUGGAGACUUGUGGUGUUCCAUCUGAUAUUUUGAACAGUGUUCCAAAUCGUCUCCCACUCAAUGGAACUGCAGAUUUGCAGCCAUCUUCCUGCUUUGGACACAUUGGUUUGGGAGUCGUGGAGACUACAGCUUUGCACGCCCAUGGAUCUGGACUCACCGGCAAGACACAAGAUGAAUGCUGCUCCCUGUGUGAGAGGAGUCUCUACGGUGAUUGUGUCGCUUGGGUACAUCGCCCCAGUGACCUCACCUGCUUCUUAUACCGCACCGUUGGAAGCGUCGAACGGCAGGAGGAUCGCGUCUGCGGCUUCUCCAACAUCGACUGGCAGCCUUCGUCUCCCGUCUUGUUGGCGACCACCUUGACCGGCAACCGACCGGGGGCGAACUCUUCAGGUCCCUUCCGGCUCUACGUUUGCAGGUCCAAUUUGGAGUGUCACUUUGGAACGGCCCUAAGCCUGAGCAAUCUCGAGUCCUACUAUCAGUCCUUUCAAGUCAUAACUACUUGGCCAGCUGACUGGGAGUGGAAUGCUGUGAAGAUCUUUUCGGAUACAGCUGACCGAUGGUUUUUGGAAUCUUUGGUGGUGACGGCACAUGGAAUCUCCUGGAAUUUCACCUACAGCGGUUGGCUCGAAAGUGGGUCUGAAGUUUAUCUCAUGAGAGAUGUGACCACCUCACACCUCUUUGGAAGCUCCUGGGGUGCUGAGGCGCCGUCGAUGGCUCCGGGAGGAAGGUAUCGGCUUUGCUGGUGCAGACCCAACAGUUCCAGCUGGAGCUCCAGCAACUUUGACACCUGUCUUGACGCAUCGGACUUCCAGGCGGAUGCCGGAGUGUUGACAUUUCAAGGACCUUCACCUCUGGAACAACACUUGACCUGCCUGAGUGGCCAGGCAUGUCCCUUGCUGGGUCUCACAGGCACCGCCUUAGCCGAGGGGGAUAAGAUCAUGGUCUUGAACACCUGUGGACAGAUUUGGGAUGGCAUUUCGAUGAGUCAUCCCAGCUUGGUUCCUCGCGUCACAGGAAGCUGUAGGAGCUCCUUACAUUGCCUUCGAGACAUUCCUUGUGAUGAUGACCAGCACUCCCUCUAUGAACGUCCAAGUGUCGCUUGUGGCAUUUCAGAUCCGGCGGUGAAUGGAGGUGCCGACUACACCUGGGGUGGGGUCUCUAGCUCGCAGCCCUUCUCUGCGCCGGGUGGCAUCUACAAGAUUUGCUGGUGUGCGUUCGGCCAAACAUGUUCCAUGUUUGAACACUUCAAAGUGGAGCUCGGGGAGCUUAGCCUAGCUGGGCCAAGCUUGAUGGACCAGCACCGCACCUGCGUGGCAGGCCAAGCUUGUGUGGUGAGCAAUAUCCAGGGUUACAGACUCGAAAAUGGCGACAAGAUCAUGAUUCUGGAUGAGUGUGGCCAGGUGGCAGGGCAGCUAUGCCCGCAGGACGCCGCCAAUGGAAGCCUUGGAUGUUUGACCGUCACCGAUCGUUGGCCGGGCUCCACCGCAGGAGGACCCAUCGGACUGUCCGAGCCGGCGAUCUCCUCGGCGCAUCCCUGCGGAUCGUCGAUGACGUGGAGUCCGUUUCAUCCCAGCAGCAGUUGCUACGCGGUGUUUACCUCGCCUUUGACUUGGGCAGAUGCCGAAGCUGCUUGUGAUGUGAUCUAUGGAGGACACUUAGCAUCCAUUUCUUCACAAGAAGAUGUGGACUUCUUGGUGCAGUGGAUCAUGGACACUGGAGAAACUUAUUGGAUUGGAUUGAGCGAUCAAGCCACAGAGGGCACCUUCGUGUACUCUGACGGUUCAUCCUUCGCGUUCUCCAACUGGGGGACGCUUCAGCCUGCACUGACUCUUUCGAACACAGAGGAUUGCGUGUAUUUGGAUUCCGACGGAUUCUUCUUUGAUGAUGCAUGCACCGGCACACGGAAGUACCUCUGUGAACGUGCUGGUGCCUUCACCGGGGCCAUGCCAGGGGAUGAAUUCCGCUUCGGCGGUUACCAGACUCCACGCGAGAGCUUGAUACCACCCUCCAGUGCUGGUGGCCAAUACCGACUCUGCUGGUGCGCGUCAGGACAAGGGGCACAGUGUAGCCAAGCAGAGGACUUCCGCAUGGACUUCGGAGUGUUGACACUGCUUGGACCUGCUCCUUUGUUUCAACACAAGACCUGUGUUGCUGGACAAGUUUGUGAGCUUAAGCCGCUGCAAGGGACAGAUUUGCAAGAUGGUGAUUUGGUGCAUAUCCUUGAGACUUGUGGAUACUAUGUGAAUGCGUCUCAAUUUUCUCAUUUUGACAGCUCCUCCGACUCCGGUUUGCACCUGCCCAGAUUCCCCAGCAACAACGGAGUGCAGAGCUUGUCGCAAGGAGCCACAUCUGGUGGCAGCACGGUAUCAUGGGGAACAACGACCAUAACAGCUGCUGGUGGACGCUAUCGUUUGUGCUGGUGUGCCGCUGGCUAUUCAUGCAGCGCAGUGCCGGAGUUUCGUGUGGACUUUGGCCGCUCCCCGACGGCAGAAAGAUCGAACGUUCCGCUUCGGAAGUACUUCCAAGAUGGUGAUCGCAUCAUGGUCUUGGACACAUGUGGUCGUGACGGCUUGAGCGUGAAUGUUUUAUACGGCUUUUCGGGAGACGCAGAUGGCAUUCCAGAUGAGCCAAGGGGCAUUUCAAACCCUGCCACGGAUGGUGGAACGAGCUUUGCCUGGGGUGGAGAUCGACUCGUAGCAAUCUCAGCGAAGGGUGGAAUCUAUCGGCUUUGCUGGGCUGCCAGUGGCUUCCCACAGGCAGUUCCAUCCGACUUUGAAGUGGACAUUGGUUACAUGCAGGUGCUUGGCCCCGACAGCUACCAGAACAACCGCACGUGCAUCAGUGGUCAACAAUGUAUGUGGGGCGGCAUCACGGGCAUCGGUCUUCAGGAUGGCGAUCGUGUGGUGAUUCUGGAUGAGUGUGCCAGAUACCAAGGAGCCAAGGGCUAUGGAUCAAACGAGGACAACAUUGUGCCCCGCUUUCCUUCCAGCGGAAGGUCUUUGCCGGCCUACAACACCAGCUCGCAGUACGGCAGCGUUUAUACUUGGGGAGGCGAAUACUCUCCAGCCUACGUGACAGCGCAGGGUGGCACCUAUCGAAUUUGUUGGGCUUCACAAAGCUUUGCAGAAGAAGGAAAUAGUUAUUUCCGCUUCGAUGCUGGCACGCUGAACCUUGUUGGACCUGCUCCACUGUAUCAAGAACGAACCUGUGUGAGUGGGCAGGUUUGCCAAUGGUCUGGCUUGCAGGGCUACUUGCUUUCGGACGGAGAUGUCAUCAUGGUGAUGGACACCUGCGGCAGCAUGGCAGCAGUGGUGCCCAGAUGGAGCAAUCCUGAUGCACCGAGGACGCUGCCGAUUUCACAGCCCUCCACCGAUGGCGGCAGCACCUUCUCCUGGGGGCACGUGGAGAUUUCAACUGCUGGUGGCCUUUACCGCCUUUGCUGGUGCGCCAAUCCACAGCCGGAUAUGCCAUGCAAUCGACCGUCACACUUCCGCACGGACACUGGAACGCUUCACGUGGCUGGCCCAUGGCCAAAUUCACAGGGCAGGACCUGCGUGGCGGGGCAGCCCUGCGAGUUCAAGAACAUCACGGGCACAUACUUGCAGGACGGAGACAGGAUCAUGAUUUUGGACACAUGUGCCAAUCAUUACUACAAUGCCUUGACUUCAGUGGUGCCCCGGAUUUUCAACGGUGGUUUGAUGGAGAAUGCCACGGAUGGCGGCUCCUCGUUUGCUUUGGGGCAGUCCGGCGGUGCAGCCAUCACUGCAGCAGGAGGUUUGUACCGUUUAUGCUGGUGUGCUGCUGGCUUCGGGUGUCAGUUGCCCCGACAUUUCCAAAGCGAUGUGGCGACCUUGACCAUCAUCGGACCUUCUCCUCAAUAUCAAGAUCACACCUGUAUUUCCGGCCAGCCCUGCUAUGCCGGCGAUCUGACCGGGCAAGAUCUCGGAAACGAUGAUCGCAUCAUGGUGCUGGAGACCUGCGGUUCCUUCUCAGCACCCUUGCGCUUCACCGGAGGUGGUGUGUCAGACCUCGCCACCAACAACGGGACCUUGGUGACUUGGGGCCGCGAACCCACCUGCAUGGAACCUUACAACUUUGAUUGUCAAGGGGUGAGGCCUACCAGUCAGGGUGGCAAUUUCAGACUUUGUUGGUGUGCUCACAACUACACUUGCUCAGCCGCCAGCGACUUUCGAGUGGACAUUGGACAUUUGGCCUUCUUAGGGCCAUAUCCUUUGACCUACAGUCGGACCUGUGUUGCAGGACAGCCUUGUGCAUUCUCGGGAGUCGAAGGCCACUAUACACAAAAUGGUGACAAGCUCAUGGUGCUGGACACCUGUGCACAUCCCGAACCGCUUCAGCUGGUCCAAAGCUCGGAUAAAUGGGCGAUUUACAAUUUCCAGCUCAUUGCAGCAGGUCAAUAUGGCUGGUUUGACGGCCCUUCCAACAAUGGUACACUCAAUGGCUCCAGCUUCAACUGGGGCAAUGGAACCCAGCCAGUGACCAGUCCGGGGGGGGCAUAUCGUUUGUGUUGGUGCGCUGCGAACUACAAGUGCACCGAGGCCAAAGACUUCCAGACCGAUAUCGGUGAGAUGAUCAUGGUGGGGCCUUUCUUGGAGCUUCCAGAUCCUACUGGUCUCCUGAAUGUGCAACAGCGCCUUCAGAUCUUUACUUGCGUAGCCAAUGAACCCUGCAGCAUCACAUUGCUUCAAGGAAGACAUUUGGACAAUUCUGAUCUUAUCAUGAUCAGGAGAGAUUGCAGCCCUGAAUGGCAGACCAACUCCACCGUGGAUUUUUGGCCAUCGAGUACGUUCACCUGGGGCAUCAGUGAUCCAGGAAUUGUACAAUACACUUUGGAAGGAGUCACUUAUCAAAACUACAACUGGGCCUUGCAAGCCACCACCAGCGUGCUGGAGGUGCGUUCCGAAGGCGGCUACUACCGCUUAUGUUGGUGCGCCACCGGCUACAGCUGCACGGAGCCUAAGGACUUUGCCGUGGACGCUGGUACCAUGAAGCUGGUGGGUCCGCAUCACAACCAGGGGAAGACCUGCUUUUCGGGCAUCGUGUGCGCCGCCACGGGGAUUACUGGGGUCGGUCUCAGCAAUGGCGACCGAACGAUGGUCCUAAGAUACUGUGAUACGGAUUUGUACAUCGCCCGCUUCCCCAACAGCGGCUAUUCGGAUCCAGCGGUGGACAAUGGAACCACGGUGACUUGGGCGGGUGCAGAAGCCACGAUUAUUACGGCACCGGGUGGAUUCUACAAGCUUUGCUGGUGUGCCGCAUCUCAAACAUGUACCAGAAGUGGCUCCAACUUCCGUGUGGAAUACGGCUUGCUCUACAUCGUGGGACCCGCCCCGUUGACGCAGCGCAAGACCUGCCUGAGCGGCGAGCUGUGCAACGUCACCGACUUCACGGGCUACGGCUUGAGCAACGGGGAUCGGAUGAUGCUGUCGUCCAACUGUGGCGAUCCCACGGGCAUCGUUCCCCGUUGGCCCAACAUGGGGAUCUCUGAAGCCUCGAUCGCCAACGGCAGCAGCUUCUUUUGGGACAACUAUGUCACGGCAGGUGGUGCCGUCUAUUGGAUGUGUUGGUGUUCCAACAGCUUUUCCUGUGACCGCGCCGAUUUGUUCAACGUGGAAGCGGGUUUGUUGACACUUCCCGGGCCAGCUCUCAAUCAAGAGCGCACGUGCCGAAGUGGCACGGAAUGUGGCUUCAGCAACUUGCAAGGUUUAGGCCUUGCCAAUGGCGAUCGGAUCAUGAUCAUGAACCAAUGUGGGGGUUCGUCCGUUCUCUUCGGUUGGCCGGAUGGUGGCAUCUCCGAUCCCGCAAUCUUCACGGGCACGGAGUAUGCCUGGGGGACCUCCAGUGGCGGACUCUAUGUGACCGGUGCGGGGGGUGAGUAUUCCAUGUGUUGGUGCUCUGUUUCAGCACCGAACUGCAGUUCUGGGGAGUUCUUCCGCACAGAGGCAGGCAUUAUGAAGAUGGUUGGUCCAGCCAUUGGUCAGAGGAAGUUUUGUACCACUGGGCAAAUUUGUAGCAUCACACAAUUCAGUGGCUAUGAGUUGCAGAACGGAGAUCGUUUGCUCAUUAGCCCCUCAUGCAUUCCCUUGCUUUCCACCUAUGUCUCCGGCUUCUCCAACAAUGGUAUUGCCAUUGCAACGGGUGGCGGGUCACAAUUCGAUUUCUCUUUGCGUUUAACGGCCUCAGGAGGAACUUAUGCCAUGUGCUGGUGUCCCUUGGGUAUGCCAUGUCAAUCUCCUGAUAACUUCCAGGUGGACACGGGCAAUUUGACAGUGAUUGGUCCUCUCUUGGAUCACAUCAAAACCUGCAUCUCGAGCCAAGUUUGUGAAUUCAAUGGAUACCUCGGGCAGGGCUUGCUCACCAGCGACAGGGUCACUGUACUUGAUACAUGUGGCACCACGUCUACCCUGGCCAGACUACCGAACAAUGCCCUGUCGACCAUCCACUCCAACUUCGGAAGCACCGUCUCCUGGGGCCCUUUGAGAGCCACAUCGCCCGGAGGUCAAUACCGCCUGUGCUGGUGUGCUGCAACCACGCGAUGUAGCGCUCCCGUGGACUACAUUGUGGAUAGUGGUGAAUUGCACAUGGUAGGACCUUCCCUCUUCCAAUUGCUGCAAUGUUAUCCAGGUGUUGUGUGCUCCUUGGAGAGUUUCUAUGGAUACGGCUUGCAAGACGGAGAGAAGAUCAUGGCCUUGGAGCUCUGUGGCGUCGGUGCCGGCGUGGAGGGCUUUCCCAACGGUGCCAUCUCCAACGAAGCGACGCAGCAGGGGCGGCGCUACGGUUGGGGCGACGGAUCCAACAACACCGACUUCCUACCGUUGAAUAGCUCCACUCCGGGUGGCUUUUAUCGAAUGUGCUGGUGUCCCAAUCUGGCGGAACCCUGUGCGAUCUCCUCGGAUUUCCGUGUGGAUGCCGGUGCUUUGAUCAUCAAGGGCCCUUUUACGCGAGUCGAUACCCUGUGUGCUGCUGGACAGACAUGCACUUUGGGCCCCUGGGAUGGAGCUUUACUUGCCUUGUCAGACCGAGUGUUGAUCAUCGCCAGCGGAGCCCCAUGCGCUUUGUCGCAAGCAGAUUCUCAGAUCGCUCAAGGAGAACCCAAGGACGUCACCUGCAACUUGGAGCUUACAACGUGUCAGGCGAGUUUGAGCAGCGUGGAAACACAGCACGGUGGUCUCUUCAAGGUGUGCUACUGUGUGACCUACUUGGACGUGGCUGGAAGCGAUACCUUGCCAUGUACCGAUGCCUCCGAGUUCACCAGCGAUGCCAGCGACCUCCAGGUCAGAGGGCCAUUUGGAUAUCAGGCAUUUGACUGCGUUGUCGGCAUUCACUGCAACGUCACAAUCAUCGGCUUCAUGCUCACAUCCCUUGACAGAAUCAAACUGGUCAAGGAUGGCUUUCCUUGCAAUGGCAACCCUGCUGCUGGAGUACCAGCUCAGGAGAUCCUUAUUGAUGCCGGACAAUCGCUACAGACAAAUGUGGUUGCUCCGAUUCCAGAGCAAAACAGCACACAAACAAGGUAUGAACUUGGAGGUAUCACGGCCAGUGGUGAUUACAAGGUGUGCUACUGCUCCAGUGUGCUCUCAUGUUCAAAUCCAUAUGACUUCGGUGGGCUGGCGGGCACUGUCAUGGUUUCUGGAGCUGAUUCCACUCAAGUGUAUGUUUGCAGACGUGGCUCUGAAUGUCUCAUUGAGCUGAGAGGAUGGCGCUUGGGGCCGAACGAUCGCCUAAAGAUUGUGGCGGAAGGUAGCAAUUGUGCACUCGACUCACCCACCUUUGGCUUUGGCACCAAUCCUGCUUGGGUCUUGAAUGAGGUGACAUACUUCUUUGACGACACCAACACCAGUUCCUACAACAUCUUUAACGUCGGUGUGGCUAAGGUUGGAACUCAAGAGGAAGGCUGCUUGCCUGACGAUGUGAACUGUGGAUAUCGACUUUGCUGCUGUCCCGGAAUCAAUAAUUGUGCAGAUGGAGCCUCAUACACGCACACCGCAGGAGCUUUGAGGGUCACGGAGUCAGUGCGCGGCAUUGAAAUCGACAACUCUUACGUUGUGAACUCACAUUCUCUGGGGCUUCUGGUGGACUCGGCUUAUGGAGGUGGUGUCAUUCGUUGCGUCCUGAACGACGGCCCCGCGACGCAGUGGGGCUUAUAUCCCGAUUCCAGUUUCUUUACCUUUGGACCUGGAUCCGGUGACACCGGUUGGGGUGCCUCCUCCAGCCAGGCCACGGCCGGCAAGAAUACAGUGACCAUUCAUCUGACUCAUUUUGUAGACGCUGGACAGGUUCUACGUGCAUGGUGCUACCUCUCUGACUCACCAGCGUAUGUUUUCCCUCCUGAUCUGGAGGGUGUGCAGGUGACUGUUCCGCUGAACAUGAAGACUCCAAGAGCAGAUUUUGCACCCAGCACUGGAUGGGAAGGCAGUUUGCACAGGUUUCAACUCUACGACGUGGGCGUGGCGGCAACGCAGACAGGACGCAGGCUCAAUGUUGCUGACGUCAAAGUGUUGACUGCAAUGAGCACCGAGUCGUGCAGUAUUCUGGCAUAUCACAUGGAUGAACGCAAGUUACCCAUCCAGGAAGCCAAGGACAACUUCGGCAACCUGAUGCUGGAAACCUCAUCCUUGGCAAAGCUCGACACAGCAAUGUGUCUAGAUGAUCCCUCCUGCAAGCUGCUGCUGUGCUACUUUGGGGGUCCACAGGAGUUUCCCAUCACGGCAAGAGAAUCUCUGAAUAUUGGAGCCGUUCCGGCUUUGCGGACGACCAUACUCUACCGUGGAGCUCGCGGCAGGCUGGAAGUCGAGAAGCAGACCAGCGCUUCGGGCAACAUCAGCUGGAUUUCAGUUGAUGAGGUUGCCACUUUAGGUGGAAUUCUGGAUCCAGGGCAACAGUGUCUCUCAGCGACAAGAAGUGACUUCAGCUUCAAUCAGGUCAUUGGUUUGCCCAGCAGUUUGAGCGAUUCCUUCCUGCUGGACGAGCCAGCGGGCAUGUACUAUGCAUGCAUCCUGGACAACGCUGCAGACGCUGUCAAAAAUGCACCCUUGAACUCUGUCGGUACCUUUGAAGUGAGCGAGGUCAUCACCAGCAUCGUCCAAAGCGCUGCAUCCACUCGGACCACCUUGAGACUUGAUGUCGCUGCCAAGCUUCCUGGAGUCCUCACUUGUGUCAUCAAGGACCCAGAGGUGACAUCUACAAAGGCCCAAGAGAUUUUAGCCGCAGCAGCAGCAGCGGUUGAGGGGUUCACCGGCGCUGGGGCUGCACAGCAGUAUGCUUUCGCUCAGCGAUCCGCUUUGCUUGAUUGGCUGCAAAGUCCGGACAACACCCUGGCACUUGCACUAGUGACGGUUCCUGCUGCUGUACCGCCCAAUGUGACUGUAUCACUGGUCCUGGCAUCCUUGCUCACCGUGGACUUUGUCCCGGUCUGGUGUUGGCAUUCAGCCACGCAGGAGACCAAGAUGGUGGUGCCCAGCGAUCCGAACGGACUGCAGUUCAACUUGCCGGGGCAGGCACCCUUAGCACAUACUCUUCCGACUUUCCUGUGGCCUGGCGCUGCCUUUGUCGUGUUUAUGGAGAAUGUCGUUGACACUUCACAAUCGCGAGUGAAGAUGGUCAACAACACCAUCGAAUGUGAUGCAUCCACCUAUUCCGAGGCCAUUCCUGUGGUCCUCAACACGUCUGGGCAAGAACAGCCCAUCAAGGCAUACCUGACAGCCUCAUCGUUCAAGAGAAUGUUUUGUUUCUUCGAGCUCCCUGCAUCUCUUCCAAUUGCAGUCAGCGGAGAUCAGGGCACCGACCUUCAGUUCGCAUCCGAGCUCCAACCAAGCCUGUCAUUGAUCGUCGAUGAUGCCUACAUCCAGCACAUGAGUCGCGGAUUGGCCUCCAAUUUGGUCUUGUACGACACAGCCCCCGGAGAGUUAGCACAGGCGGAAACCGACUUCAACCAGAACGGAGGCUUUUGCCUCCCAGCUCUUGGAUUGGAAGCCUUGAACUUCGAGCCAGAGACUGCUGCGAGCUAUAUCCAGCGAGUCGCAGCUGUGCAGCUGAAGACCGUUUCGGUUCUGCCAACGCCGGUGAAUUUGGCGACGCAUUUUGUUUCUGUGACCGAAGACGAAACUCUUGGGCUGUCCAUCGGACACAACUAUGUCCUGUGCUAUGUGGGAUCCGCAGACACCACGCGGGUCUUCAACAAGAUUGGAAGCGUCAUCACUGUGAAGGACAUCAUUUUGGCUUUGGAGAAGGAACAACGGCCACAGGGUGAAGAAGCUGCAACUUCCAGGGAGAUCAACGUGGUGGUUCAGGCUUCCUUGAGAGGAUCCAUCAGCUGCAUAGCAACAACACUAACUUUCAGUCGACCUCCCGUGGCAGAGGAAAUAGCAGGUGACUAUGCUCUUACCUUGCCACAGGACUUCGUCCCUGUUUUCAACGAAAAUGAAGUUCUCGGAAGAGCUCUUCAGAUUCCGGUUUUUGACACGAGCGUGAACCUUUCCGUGAAGAUCACCACAGUCGUGGCAAACGCUGUCAAUAUACAGCGCAUGCCUUUGGGAGUCGCACCACAGGCAUACGUGUGGUGCAAGCACUCCAAGUCAUUGGUCGUGUAUCCGGAGGAUGGAGCAGGUGUGGCAGUCACUCUGGGAGUCCUAGCCGCGCCCAGCUUUCAGUACUCUAUUCUCAGCAAUCCAGCCACGCAGGUGAUACUCGCCCGCAAUGUAUCAUUUCCUACGCUUGCGGUGCUUUGGUCCAGCGCUGGCUUUCCAGCCUACUACUUUGACGAGGUGGCAUUUACCAUCACGCCCACCUUACCGGAUGGUUUGGACAUCAGCUCACAGAACGGAGGUGUUAAACCAGAGCCCGUUCCGCUCCAGCUUCUGCCCCCAGCAGAUUUUGUGAUUAAGGCGCAGAGCAAGUACGAUGUGCUGAAAGCUACAAGCACAACACUUCAACUUGGCGUCGAGGAGCCGGGACAAUGUGGACUAGCCAGCAUCAAGAGUACAGAGGCGCUUCUGUCGUGCUUGGUCCACGAUACACACAACCUGGAAGUGGAGGCGAUCUACAUCCAAGUCAGUUUGAAAACUGGAGACCCUCUACUCCUGGAGACAUCGUCCUUCUCAUGCCUGGGAACUGCCGUAGAUCCUGGUGGAGGCAUGACGGACUUUUCUUGCUCACAGGCUGGCAGUGGCUGCUGCUGCUGGCUUUGGGUUGAUCAACCGGGUGUCAACACUGUCUUCAACGCAACCAGGUUGGUGAGUGGCAAGAUGAUGACCGGAGCCUGUGGUCUCCGAGCAUACCAAAGGUAUGAUGUCAUGACCAUGGUCACCGGUGUGAAUCCACUGCUCGCCAAUGCAGCGACGGGCGUGGUUUGGGAGCAGCUGUUUGACUUCACUGUUCCAGAACGGAAAGAUGCCACGCCUUUGGCCUUUGAUAUCAAGGUGGACAUCAGCUAUGAAGACAUUUGCGAUCCGGUGCUCAAUGGCCCCGAAGCCGAGCUGCAGUGCAAGGAGAACAUGAAGGCGGAGCUUGCCGCUCUUCUGGGAACACCAGAGGACAUGAUCACCAUCACUGCCGUGAGACCAGCAUGA